CACAGGUCCUCUCUAAACCUCUAAAAUGCCCUCACAGACUAAUCUCAAUGUGUGGACGCAUUUGCUUGUUGUGUUUUGUUUGUGUUUGGCCUCACGCAUGUCUCUUCAUGUGUAACGCCAGGUGGUCGGAUCGGCUGAAGGCUCUGUGGCAGAGCAUGCACUCAUAUGGCUUCUGCCCCGUGUGUUUUCGGAAGUGUCUCGUCAACUCAUCCGAACGGGCGAACUUCCACCCGCAACCUUCCCACGUGCAGUGGUACGGCUUUUCACCUGAGGACAACAGAAAUACAAGAAGCUGCUGAAUACACUGCUCCACCGGCUCCUACACUGACACAGACAGACUCCAGAGACUCAUCUGUGGAGUUGUUGUGUCAGGCUCCAGAAGGUUAUGGUGGACUUGUAUUUAAGCUUUUCAAAGUGCAUGAGCUGAUAGAUAAAGUUGAGCAUUCAAAUGAACAGCAAGCGGCUCGCUUUAUUCUUAGGGGAGAAGAUACAGAAAAGAAGAUUUAUUACUGCUGUCAGUAUGACCACAGCAUUAUCAGUCAGUAUAUGACACCAGAGAUGAAAGGUGAGUUUUUCUUUCCCCCUCCAUCCCCUCACCUGGUGGUUGAGCCUUCUAGUGGGCAGGUCAAUCCUGGUGACACACUGUCAUUCCACUGCCAGGCUCCACCUGACCCUCAGAAACAACCUCCUGAGGCUUUUCUUUUGCUCCGGAGAACCAAAGGAAACCCCGGCUUCCAGGUUGCUCCAGCACAGCUGGUGUCUCAGUCCCAUGAAGCUCACUUCAUUGUGAAGACAAUGGGACGGGACGAUGGUGGGGAGUAUGUCUGCCUCUACCAACUCAAAUCAUCAAAGUUGGGACAAGUGAACUCCACAGCCAGUCAGCUGGUACACAUUACUGUCAUAGAGCUCCCAGUCCCCACUCUGUCCUUGUCCCUACACAAGGGUGAAGUUCUGGAGUGUGUUGGGUCACCUUCAUAUCCACGAGGCUUCUUCUAUUUAUUUCGUGUGGGUGUCCUGUCACCUGAGGAGACCCAUCAGGCUUCCCUGACCCAACACGCUGCUAGAUUUCCCAUCCCCACCCAUUAUGAACAUGAUGCACAGUAUCAAUGUCAGUACAGCGUGUCACUGGGCAAAUCCAAUGCAUACUCUAAAAUGAGCUCACCAGUAACUAUCCCAUGCAUUACAGGAUAUCAUAAAUGCACACCGACCUCUACAGGCAGCACAGAUCUGGCUCUGAUUGGUGGCUCUGUGGCUGGGGGUGUUCUGUUCCUCAUGAUGGUGGCAAUCUUGGGCUUUGCCGUACACAAACAUUCCAAAAACAUGUCGGAGAGAAAGAGGCAAAGAGAUCAACUCUGGCAACAUGUUCCCUUCAGAGAUCAUACUGUUGACCUCACUCUGCAGCAUGUUGACAUUGAAUCUGAGGGCAGUGGACGAACACUUAGAGGAAGACCCUCAUUUUCAGAACCAAUUUACGAAAGUCUCAUGGCAACCUUUAAGAAUCCCUCACUUUGCUGAUCUUUCACUGUAUCUAUCUAUCCAUCAAUGCUACUGUAUAUUUUGUGCUUGACAUAUUCUGACAUAUUAAAACAUGUUGACAUAUUAAAA